GAAGGUCCAUCCACAGCGGUGAAAUAAGUUAAACUCCCUUUUUAUUAAGAAUAUAUAUAUUCUAAGGUGGCAGCCGUGCCCCGAUCGCGUCCGUGCGUCGUACCUUUCUGUCUUGAAUUCCCUGCACAGCGAGACACCACGUUGAACUCGUUGCGUACUCUUCCUUCAAGAGUACACGCGGAUACGCCCGCCAUCACAGAAGUCUUUUUUCGCCUGCUGCAGGAUGGGUAAGAACCCGCCGAAGUGGCUGCCUGGCGAGCGGGUGAAGGAGACGAUCCUGCUGCAGCGAAAGUCGGUCGAGCAGCUCCGCGCGGACCGCGUUCUGCGCAGAGAUAAACUGCAGGAGCGUCGCGAGCGCCACAAGAACAAGCUCGAUGCGAAGCGCAAGCGCAAGUUGGCGACCAAGAAGUUUAUCAACGCGCAGACUAUAUUGAAACACGCGCAGCGCAAGGAGCACCAAGGCCGCAAGUUUCAAAAGCUGGGCGAGAGGACGGAGGGUCAGCGUCGCAGGUCGAAGCAGGAGAACUACAUCAAUAAGCUAAAGAAGAGCCCGGUGAAGCUGGUGGUGCGGGCGAAGGGCAGCCAGAUCCCCCCCGAGGUAGCAGCGGCCUUCCGCAAGUUAGGACUAGAGAAGAUCUACUCCGCCCGGCUGAUUUGUUUGACGCCGCGCACACACAAGAUGAUUCGACAGCUCACCCCGUUCUGCAUUGUAGGCGUGCCGGACCGCGCGCAGCUUGAGUCGCUGCUCCGCACCCGUGGCUCCCUCUACAACGAGGAGACCCAAACGAAGCGGUUCAUUAGUGGUAACCUGCUGCUGGAGCAGGCCUUGGGCCAGUACAACAUUCUGUGCAUCGAGGACCUCGUCGAGACGAUCGCCACCCGCUCCGAGCACGUGGAGACGGUGCUUCACCACAUCGCACCCUUCGACUUCCACCCACCGCGUCAGCUCUUCGUCGAGCGGCACCGGUCGGUGCAUCAGAAGCUGGAAAUCGUCAACAAGGACUCCUUCGCUGCCUACCUGGCCGAUCAGCUGAAGCUGACGGCGAAGAAAGAGCGCAGGGCGAGUGCGGCUGCCAAGAAGGAGAAGAGGGCGACUGGGAAGCGCAAGGCUGCGGCGUAA